AUGCUCACUCUCAACAUCGCCUAUACCGAGCUAGUCAACAGCUCUGAUUCCUCUAUAACCCUGACCCGAGGACAGAUCUGGAACGGCCUGAAAUUGAAGGCCCGACGCCCUCAAGACUUCAUCCCCUCUUUCGAUGACUCCCGAGUUAUCGAGGAACGAGAUAAUGGUUCCUACAUCGUAAGGGAAGCACAUGUUGCGGCCGAUCUCGACGAAUCUCCUAUGGCCGGAAAAUGGAUCAGGGAGGAAUGCAGGCUGUAUGAGCCGGUUAAGACUUACUUCACGCUACCUGGCGGGUCGAUAGUUCAGAAUAUCCUAUCCGAAGGACCUGACCAGGCUCUAUAUCUCACAUUUACCUAUGAAUGGAAGCUGUCCGAUAUUGAGCUUGGGACUAGUGAGGCAAAAAAGGCGGAGGGUGACCAUAAGAAAAUUGCGAUGUCAUCGGUCCAAGGGACAAUCAGGGCGUUGAGGAGAAUGGCAGAAGGGGACAAACUCUGA